AUGAUUCAUUCGUGUGUUGAUAACGACAAUUUCGAGAAGGUCGACGAUUGUGAAUCGGCGAAGCAAGCAUGGGAAAUCUUGGAGAAAGCAUAUGUCGGUGUCGUCAAAGCGAAGAUUGUUGUAUCGAAAGUAUUGCGUUCGUUAACGUCGCGUUUCGACAACAUAGUUGUGGCUAUUGAAGAAUCAAAGGAUCUAACAACUUUGAGCAAGGAUGAAUUACAAAGUUCGUUAGAGGCACAUGAACAAAUGAUGGAUGAGAGAGGCGCCGACAAAGCCAAAGCGGAGAUUGAUUUGCAAGCGCGUUUCAAUGAAAAGAAUAAGAGGUCGAAAGGAAAACUUACGGCGAGAGGUAAAUCAAAUUUUCAGAAUUUUGGUUCAAACGAUUCGAAAAAUUCAAAGCAUUCGACGAGUGAAAAGGGUGAAAGUAGCUCCAAGGAUAGUGGUCAUAGCAAUGGUUUUAAGAAGCGUGAUAUGAGUAAAGUGCAAUGCUACAAGUGUAGAAAGUUUGGACACUUUGCAAAUUCUUGUCGUGGUAAAUUAAAUAAGAAUCACAAUAAUGAAGCCAAGAUCGAAAGCAUGAACAUGUUGAUGGAGCUUGAGAAUUGA